CUCCUUCACACUCGCCCGUUCCUGCGCUUCUCCUUCUCGUCACCUGACCACGUUCCUUCCUCCUCGGACAGGCCGCGUCCGUAGCCAUUUUGGCUCAAGGCGCCAGGGCUCGAGCUGGCCGUGCUCCCGCUGCUCGUCCUCCCUCGUCACCCGCCUCGCCUCGCCGGGGCGGCCCGGAGCGAGGGCCGACCACACGGCGCGCCACCAUGCCGAACGCCCCCAAACCGUCGCGGCGGACGGCCUCGCCGGCGCCGGGGCCGGCCGUGAAGGACGAUGGCCUCCUGCCGCAGUGUGCCUCGCCGCGGAUGCCCAAGCUGCUGCUGCGGGCCGCCUCGUCGAGGCCCGCGCGCGAGGGGCCCUCGUGGCCUUCGCCGGGGGGCGCCCUGGCGAGCGUCCUGCCAUGGGGCUCCGACGGGCGACGCGCGGCGGCGGGCGCGCGGGCGCGCCCGAGGCGCCUGGCGCCGAGGGGCGGCGGCGGCAGGGCCCAGCCGUGGCUCCUGCUGCCGAGGAGCUGGGGGAAGGGCUUAUGGGCGGGCUCGCUGAAGAACCUGCGGCGAGGCUUGGCGCCGCCCUCGCCGGGUGUCUCAUGGCACCAGCUGCCGGAAGACGGUGACGACCUGUCCUUCGAGCCCCCCCCGGUGCCGCCCAGCUCUGCGGCUGGGCCAGCUGCCACCAGCCUGUCCGGCAUCGUGCUGUCCCUGCUGCCGGCGUCGGUCACGGGCCUGCUCUCUUCCCUGGGCCAGGAUUGGGAGAAGCCCGACACGCCUGGCUCCCAGAUGGCACGCUCUGAGGCCACCUGGAAGCUGUCGGACCUUGAGCUCGGUGCCACGGUCGGCGUCGGAAGCUUCGGCCGCGUUCGCGUGGCGUGGGUGAAGGACAGCCCCGAGACCACACCCAUGGCCCUGAAGAUCACCCAUAAGGCAACGCUGAUCAAGGCGAACAUGGUGAAUCAGAUCAAGGACGAGAUCAAGGUGCUCCGCAUGAUAAAAAACCAUCCAUAUCUAGUGAAUCUCAGGGCGUGCUGGCAGGAUGAGAGGUCGAUGUACAUGCUGAUGGACUUCGUCAACGGUGGGGAGCUGUUCACCGUGAUCAAAAAAUGGAAGAUACCAGAGGUGCAGGGGCAGCUGUGGGUCGCAGAGCUGAUCCUGGCAAUCGAGCACCUGCACUCGAAUAAGGUGGCGCAUCGGGACGUCAAGUCUCAGAACGUGCUGCUGGAUAGACUGGGCCACUUGGUGCUCACGGACUUCGGAUUCGCCAAGGUGGCCGACCCGCUUCUGUGGACUAAGUGCGGCACCUACGAGUACAUGGCACCAGAGGUGGUCCAGAGAACGGGGCAUGGGUGCGCUGUGGACUGGUGGGCAUUGGGCGUCCUAACAUAUGAGUUGUUCUCGUGCGACGUGCCCUUCCACGCUGACACGAAAGAGGGCGCUUACAAGAAGAUUGUGAAGGGCGAGUACAGUAUUCCGAGUUCCUUUCCUGCCGAGGUCCAGGAUUUGAUCAGGAAUCUCUUGAAGGAAAGGUCGCGGCGACUGGGAUGUAUGGAGGACGGCGUCGCGGGCAUCAAGAAGCACCCAUGGUUCAGCACGAUCGACUUCAACGAGGUGCUUCACCGAAGAGUUCCGAGCCUCUGCCGCCCCAAAGUGAGUUCCGCAGAAGACACGUCGCGGUUCAAAACAUACUCGGAGAGCGAUUUCGACGACCCGCCGGCCUUGUCGGUGGAGCAGCAGGCAUUGUUUGAGUUCGAUGUCUGCGAAGGCCGCACGAAAUGGGACGAUUCCAGUGAGCGGUUUCUGCCAGGCUACGGAUGUUGCAGCACUGGUGGCCGCAAGCAGGACCUGGUGGAGUUCGCCGAGGUCGACCACAAUUGAUCAUGACUACCAGGUUGAACCCCAACCAGUCCAUCCAAGACUGCUUUUGUUCUUUUGAGCUAUGUAUAGUUCUUCUGGAAAGCGGUCAUACUCAUAUUAUUCCAAGCCUCCCCAUCAUCGUUUCUCCCUGCACUCGCACUUUCCUUCGAACAUUUUCGCAAGAUCGACUGCAGUAGGAGCCAUCCAGUCCUUUGCCACAAUGACAAUGGGCUUUGUCUGGCCAAGCUGAUACAUGCCCUCACAUGGCACUAUUCUGGAAGCAUAUGCGAUUUUUUGGCGACUUCCUUCCAGUGUUUAACGAACGUCUCCACGCUUCGCAGCAUCUUUCCGAUGCCAGGCACGUGUAGUUAUCUCUGCCCGUGCAGAGAUCUGUCGAAGAAUGGUAACCAUUCGUCGUCCUCUCACCCGCUCUCCUCCAUACCAUUAUCCUUUGCCUCGCCGGGCGCCUUCGCGACUGGCAGCUUUGUGUAUAGUCCCUUGUAAGCGUCUGCUGUGUAGGUGUAAAUGAAAGGCUGUCGUAUGAACAGCGAGCUGGUUCUGGCGGUGUAGGGCUACUUAGAAGUCAGGUUUUUCUGCGCCGCGAGCAUGGAGCCGUAUCCCACGUUCGAGCCUCACCUAUGGAUGGCACCUCGCGCAGAGCAGCAUAAGCCUAACAUGAU